GCGAAAAUCUUAGUGCCCAUUGAUGGUGGUGUGCAGUGUUGGACGAGUGAAAAAUUUCCAUUACAAUCCUGAGUGAAAACGCAUUUCAUAACUCACCGCUAGUACGAUACCCUGCACCACACUAGUGCAGUCCAUACUUUCGCUAUAAUCGUCACUGUGAAUAUGACGAAAUUUAUACUCGCCAGGCAUUGCCUGGGAGUGGCCACCGGCACACUCGGUUCCACAGCCGUUGCACCUCGGUUGGAAGCCGCAACCUGGUUCAGGCAGUACUACUUACAUCUCCGGACACAGUCAUCCCGAGUGGGUGGUCCCCGCGCUCUUUCCACACAUGCCAGCAACCGUAAACCGGCGGCAAAGGAUUUCGACGACGGUGACCGGCCUCCAGUAGAUCCGGAAGCUGUACAUGCGGAUCUGCUGAAGCGGCUAUCGAAACUAUACGAACAGGAAGUGGCCCGCGAGCUGAUCGUGCCGCCGUUCAAGCGAGCCCUGUUGUACGGCGAAAAGGCCGCCAUACGUGACCAUGUAGGCGAUUUUAGCUUCAUCCAGCUCUACGAAGCAGUCAAACGUCUAGCCGCUCAGAUAUCAAAAAGCUGCGGCAGCGGCUCCCAAUCCCGUGUAGCAUUUCUUUGUCCGAAUAAUAUUACAUACGUCAUAAGUCAGUGGGCUUGCUGGUUCUCGGGACAAAUUGCUGUGCCCUUGAACGCCAAAUACCCAGCCGACCUGCUUGAGUAUUACAUUAAAGAUUCCAGCGCAUCGCUACUGCUGACGACGCCAGAGUUUCUUUCUCUCGCCGAGCCGUUGGCAACGAAGCUUCAGAAACCGUUGCUUGUGGUUAACCACGAGCUGAUUAACACGACCGCCGCGGAUGGAACCAACGGAAAUGGUAACGGAGCGACCCCGACUUUCUCGAAUGAUAUUUCCUAUUUGGAUCCGCGUAGGGAAAAUCUAUUGCAACUAAACGAUAUGCUCGUAGUUGAAAGUGCACUAAACGGAGAGUUCUACCGCGAUGCGAACGCGCUGAUUUUGUACACCUCUGGGACUACGGGCAAACCGAAAGGAGUAGUGCUUAGCUAUGCCAACCUGGACGCACAGCUGAAUGCUCUUUCUCACGCUUGGCAGGUCACCUCAGCGGAUUCAGUGUUGCACGCACUUCCCCUGAACCACGUGCAUGGGACAAUCAAUGCGCUGAAUCUACCGCUAACUGCUGGAGCGAAAUGCGUAAUGUUGCCGAAAUUCGACAGCAGCAGCGUGUGGAGCUACCUGCUGAACGUGAACAUGACCACGAAGGAACGCGUGAACGUGUUCAUGGGUGUGCCGACGAUGUACGGUUUGCUGAUCCGGGAGUACGACAGCGUGUUCGGCAAGAACGCCCGCAUGUGCGACUACGUUAAAACGCACUGCAAAAACAAGAUCCGAUUGAUGAUAUCCGGCUCGGCACCGCUACCAGGUAACAUCUUCGAUCGCUGGCAGGAAAUCACCAGUCAUCGGUUGUUGGAGCGGUACGGCAUGACCGAGAUUGGCAUGGCUAUUUCGAACCCAUACCUGCAGGAUGGGGAUAUGCGUAGCCGACGGCAGGGUUGCGUAGGAAUGCCGCUUCCCGGUGUGAGUGUUCGGAUCGUGGAGCAGGAAACAGGUCGACAGCUAACCCUGGAAGGCAAGGAAAAUAAAGGUUUCUGGCAGACUACAAAUGAAGCGCCUGCAAAGACAGCCUUCCCCGAGGAUACCAUUGCCGGGCAGCUAUAUGUAAAGGGGCGUUCUGUGUUCCGACAGUACUGGAAAAAGCCAGAGGAAACAGCUGCAGAGUUUGAUGCUGACGGAUGGUUCAGAACGGGUGACACGGGACGCUACGAAAAUGGCACGGUGCGCAUCCUUGGCCGUACCUCGGUCGACAUCAUCAAAUCAGGCGGGUUCAAGCUGUCCGCGUUAGAGAUCGAAACGGCACUCCACGAACACCCGGACACGACCGAUGUAGCGGUGCUAGGCUUACCAGACGAAACAUGGGGCCAGCGAGUAGUGGCAGUGAUAAGCUUACGUGAGCCAUUAUCCGCGACACCCGAGACGUUCAGCAUUCCGAAAUUGCUUUUGUGGCUUGAACAAAAGCUGCCAAAGCAAGCCAUUCCUAAGGAGAUCCGGCUGAUGGAGGAGAUACCCAGAAAUGCGAUGGGAAAGAUCAACAAGCGCGAGCUAAUUGAAAAGCUGUACGGAGGAGACAAAACGCCACCAAGUGGCGUUACGGAUGGUACGAUACCUUAAAUGUCCUUUCACUGACCCAAGGGCGAAAUAACGCACACAGAACUGUAUUUAUUUUAUGCACCUUAUGUCAUCCGGCGACGAGCCAUAACCAAACGACGCAUGUUCCAAGUAGUACGUCGCCAGUAGAAGGUGGUCAAUAUUGUACUAGUCACUCCGCCUCUAAUAACUUCCCAUGUUCAUACAUCACGGGAGCGCUUCCCAUGUUCAUACUAUCAUCAGAAAGUGCUGCUGUGAAUAAACGGAGACCGUUUGCUGAGGCAAGGAAGUUAUCUUUUUGGGGAAGUGAGAAAUUCUAGAGUCACAGUUGAUACACUGCAUUGUUAAGAAUCAACUCAUUUUGGUCAUUGGCACACGACGCUUUACGUAAUAAUAGCCAGACCUCACGAACCCGUGCCACCAUUCUACUUAAGGUAGGGAAAAUGUGCCUGUACGUUUUGUUGGCCAUCGUGCAAUGAAAGUUAAAGGUAAGGACAUGCCCCCCUACGCAAAGCUCCGUAACAUCGCUUCAAUUAUGUUUUUAGUAGAUAGUUUUGGAUUUCACUGUUUAUCUUCCAAUCAUGUACUGUAGAAAGGGGUUUGAAAUUGGUACGAAAAAAUCAUCAAACUUAUAUGAGACGGUAGGACAUCUAAUUGAAUGAAUGAGACUAAAAGUAAGAUUGACGACAAGUUAUAAAUUCGUU